AUGCCGCCCACAUUUGGUAUUUGCGCUGGCUGUAAUAAAUCUAUAAAAACCAAAGAGUGGCUUAAAUGCGGAGUAUGUGCCCGGAAACAUGACUUGGAGUGCGCUAAUAUUCCACACAUGAAAUUUUGCCAGAUGGAUAAUGAUAGCAAGGCUGCUUGGAGAUGCCCUGAAUGUCGUUGUAAACAGCCAAAGAGUGACAACACGAAUACACCUAUUCGCGCAGCUGGAAAUUCACUCGCCGUGUCUCUCGACUCGUCCGAUGUUUGCAAUGUUACACUGCGUAGACCUGCCAACUCGACACCAGGUGAAAGAAACACUAGUAGUGACUUUAUAACGGAAGAUAAAUUGCGCACAAUCCUAAAGCAUGAGAUUAGAGUCGCAGUCAAGACAACAAUCGAGGGUAUAAUAUCGGAUCGGUUGAAGACUAUUGACGAACAGAUGUCCGGCUUUCAGGAACCUGUGUCUUUUUUUUAA